CCCUGGGCGGGCAGCCCGCCGGAGCGGCACCCUGCAGCUGGCACGGCUGACAACGCGCAUCGCAUACACACACAGCUGUCAGGCCCGGAUUUCAGAUACUCAACAGCUGGCAAGGCCUGCCCCCUCACGCCCCAGCUGGCAGGGCCGGACAAGGGGUCCUGAACCCGGCAGGUCAUGCUGGUGGGGGACUCGGGCGUGGGGAAGACCUGCCUGCUGGUGCGCUUCAAGGAUGGGGCAUUCUUGGCAGGGACCUUCAUCUCCACUGUGGGCAUCGACUUCCGGAACAAAGUUCUGGAUGUGGAUGGCAUGAAGGUGAAGCUGCAGAUCUGGGACACAGCUGGCCAGGAGCGAUUCCGCAGUGUCACCCACGCCUACUACCGUGAUGCCCACGCACUGCUGCUGCUCUAUGAUGUCACCAACAAGGCCUCCUUUGACAGUAUCCAGGCCUGGCUGACCGAGAUCCAGGAGUAUGCCCAGCACAAUGUGGUGCUUAUGCUGCUGGGGAACAAGGUGGACUCUGCCCAGGAGCGUGUGGUGAAGAGGGAGGAUGGGGAGAAGCUGGCCAAGGUGAGCCAGGGUAGGGUGGGGGACCAGGGGUGUCCCUGGGGCUGCCGGGCUUGGGCUGUCCCCACCAGGCUGCCACCUGGCUGGCAGCAGCUGUUUGCAGGAGUAUGGACUGCCCUUCAUGGAGACCAGUGCCAAGACGGGCCUCAACGUGGACUUGGCCUUCACAGCCAUCGCAAAGGAGUUGAAGCAGCGCUCCAUGAAGGCCCCCAGUGAACCCCGCUUCCGGCUGCAUGACUACGUCAAGAGGGAGGGCCGAGGCGCCUCCUGCUGCACACCCUGAACCUGGGAGGGCCCUGCAAGGCUGCAGAGAGGCUCGAAAGGGUCCCCCCGGGGUUUAGUCAGCCGCAGUCAAUCCCAGGGUGUCUGCUCCUGAGACUCCCAGACGGAGCCUUGCCUUUCUCAGAGCCCCAGGCCCAAGAAGCUUCAAAGAGCCAGUGGGACUGCACCCCCCUUCACCUGCUGCUGCCUGAGGGCCUUGACGGAAAAGCAAGGGUCUUCAGCACAGAAGGGGGCACAUCACCACGUACAGCCCAGGCAGGGUACCUGCUCCAGCUUCACAGCGCUCUGCUGCCCCCUCCUGGACAUGCCCAGCUCCGAGGCUAGGCCACGGUGCCAGCACCUGUACAGUGCCUAAUCCCUUAGAGAAAGCCAUGUCUUCAGCUGCACAUGCUGGCCAAGCAGGGAAAGGAAGGACUCCUGCCUGUGCCUGGGACCGAGCGCUUCACCGCAAACCAUACCAUGCAUUUGUGCCCCAAGGACCAGAGCCACCUGCUCCCUGCUCACACAAGGAGACUCUGGUUCCACCAUCAACAGGGUCUUCCGUUCAUGCUCCCUUGUAGAAUGCCAAGGUUGUGGCUUUGUAAUAGACAAACAGCAUGUGCGAAAUCACAGAAAUGUCAAGAAAACUAGACCUGCCAGCCCCGCGGAGGCCUGUGCUUAGGGAGGUCAAGCCAGGGGGCUGGUAGUGCACUCCAAGUUGUACUCAAAUCUUGAAGUUCGUCUUUAGAUUAAGAGCCUUCGUUUUCACUCCUGGUGAAUAAACUUGUGUUUUCUGG